AUUGUUUUAAUUAAUAGUAUUGACUCUUGAGUGCCAUGUGAGAAUGAGUGGUCAGGUCUAAGGACUCGAAGCUCCAAGCCCAGCCCCAAGGUGAAGAGGGUAGUAACGUCUGUGUUCCUUUCACAUAUGGAGCAUUAACUGGCACAAGGGAUGAACAGGAGGGAUGUUAGAGACAUUGAAGGACCCUUCCGGUAAAUUCACACCGUUAGGUUCAUUAAUAAGAGAUCCUGCAGUGCAAUAUACCGCUCGGAAGAGGGGUUGCGAUGGUGAUGGUGGUGGCCAAAUUCCCUUACAUAGUAGUGCACGCAAGCAUAAGGCCGACAGGCAAGAACACAAAGCUUGAAGGGACAGCUGGUGCUAUG